GUAUCGUUAUUUAGAAAAACUAUUCUAAAAUUUCAAUAUGCAAGCGCUGCUUAAGUUGGCUGACCUCAAACUAACACAGGAUGUGCCAACACGUUGGAACUCAACGUACAAAAUGUUUGAACGGCUGUCUAUCCUGAAGGAGGCAGUCGUGGCAGCUCUGUCAACAAGGACAGAUUUAAUUUUGUACACCAGAAGACUGGGAUGUCAUUGAUGGAGUGCUUCCCGUAUUAAAGCCAUUUUAUGAAGUUACAGAAGAGAUCUCAGCUGAAAAAACGUAACAUUGUCAAAAAUAAUUGCUUUGACUGGAUUACUUCAAAGAAAAAUGGCUCAAAUAUAUCCAACAGUUAAAAAUAACCUAGUUGCCGAAGUAAUCAAUGAAAUCAUAAACGAGAUGGACGGCAGGUUUAACGAUUUCGAGGCUAAUAUGUUGUAUGCGGAGAGCACUGUUCUGGAUCCCAGGUUCAAAGGACGCGCAUUUAAAUCUGCGGAGGCCUUUAAAAGGUCAGUAGCGGAUAUCAACAAAAAAUUGGCUCAAACAAUACGGUCACUCCCUGAACCUCCACAAGAAGCUAUAAGCAACAAAAAACAAGAAGAGGACACAAUAUGGGCUGAAUUUGAUACCACUUUUCAGCAAGUAAGCCAACCCACCAACAAUACGGCAGCAUCCAUAAGAGAAAUUGAUAAGUACCUGGCUGAGGAGUACAUCAGCCGAAAAGAUGAUCCAUUGGUAUGGUGGAAUCAGCGGAAAGCGCAAUACCCGCUACUUUAUAACUAUCUGCUGAAGCGCCUCUGCUUAGUCGCCACCUCAGUGCCAUGCGAGCGCAUAUUUUCAAGUGCAGGAAAACCAUACGUACAAGGCGCUCCCUUUUAAAGUCAACAACCGUUGAAAAUUUAAUUUUUUUGCAUAACAACAUGUAAAUCGGAACGCUAAAAUGAAGAAAACGAAAAGUAUAAGAAUUCCUAUGAAAGGAUCUCCUUUUUUUUAAGUUAGUAUAAGAAUUCCUAUGAAAGGAUCUCCUUA